CCGGAGUGGCAGGCCACCUUCGACCAUCUGUUCCUUCAGUGGUGGUAUAUCGGCGGCAUCCCAUUUGAAAGGGCGAGGACGACGGAGUAUAGGGCCCUCUUACAGCAUGUGUAGAACAUGCCAAGGGGCGUGAAGCCUGCUUUGCCCCAGUUCAGGCGCAUAGCAGGCAUUGGCAUACAGGAGGAGCGUUUGCACAUAGCUGAUAAGCUACGUGACAUACACGGUCAGAUGGAGCACACGAGGGCCACCAUCCUCACGGAUGGGAGGAAGUCCCUGAACUCUGAGCCCAUCGUCAACUUCCUGGCAGUUGGACAGUCGGGCGCCUUCCUUUACACGACGGUUCGCAGGGAAGGGGUUGAUGUAGAGACUGCAGAUGUGGUGUUGCGGCGGUGGAAGGUGUUCGAGGACUUCGGCGCGAAGAAGAUAAAUGUUAUUUGCACGGACUCCGCAUCAUUUUAUGUCACUGCCGACCGUGCACUUCGCGAUGACCCCGAUCCAGAUAUCUGUCGCAUCCCUUGGCUCCCUUGUUCUGUCCAUUGCUGCAACUUGAUGUUGUGUGAUAUGGUCAAGGACAAGACAUGGGCCAUUGAGUUGCUGACGAGGGCGAGGGCGGUUGUGCGCUUCAUCAAGUCGCACGGUUCGGCUCUCGCCUUGUUCAGGAUUUACAGCGCCAAGGCCGAUCGCGGUGCAGGGGACGAGCGUGUCAGUGGCAGCGUCGCAGGCGGAGAGGAGGCAUGCGGCAAAAGACGAUGGGGCCGGGAGUUGUUGUACCCUUGCCAGACGCGGUUCACGUCUAUGUAUAUCAUGAUGGAGAGGUUGCGCGACUGUAGGGUUCCACUGGAGACGAUGAUGUUGGAGGGGGAUUGGGCGCGACUUCCAUGGGCGAGGAGGCUCCUCGCCCAGGCUGGUUGGGUGCGCACUCAGUUGGCUGAGGAGAUUCGGAAGUUGGAGUUGGCGAGACCGCACCUGGUUGGGAUGUUGCAGGAUUGCUACGGUCGAGCGUGCUAUCUCUUGGACCCUGCCCAUGUCGCCACCCAUCUUCUAAAUCCGAAGAGGCGGAACUUCGUUUACUUCCAGUCAUGUCAUCGCAACUCUCACCAGAAGAAGGUGGCAGGCAUGACACUGGAGUACAUCUACACGCAGACCGACUUCGACGGACGGGGCGAGAGGUACCGAUUGGUCCAUCAGCAGCUGUACGACUUCCACUCCCGUGGUCCGAGAUAUGAUUGGGGUGGAGAUGCGGGCACCGGGGAUGAGGACAUGUGCCAGGGGGUGGACGAGACACACACGAUUGCUGAUUGGUGGGUGCUGCACGAUGGGUGUGCCCCUGAGCUUUGUAGCAUCGCCACACGUCUGAUGUACACGUGGGUAUGCGCCUCUCCUGCAGAGAGGAACUGUGUGCUGCACGAGCGCAUCCAUGAGAAGCGCCGCAACGGCUUAGACUUCACGAAGCUAACCGAAAUGGUGAAGAUGUGCGUGAACAAGAAGCUCCUGACAUGUAGAGCGGGGAGGAGGGGACUCGUCCUGCCGUGGGGUGAUCUGGAGGAGGGGUUGGACGAGGUCCCAGAGCCACGACGUUCGGGCACUCUGUCGCCGGGGUUGCUGACAGACGUGGAGAUCAGACGGCAGGCGCGCAAGAUGCAAUGUGCCUCGACGGUUCGCCACCCCCCUUUGGUCCAGAGUGUGUUCGGUCGUCGCGCGACUCAUAUUGAGUUGUACGACGAGGAAAUUGAGUACGAGCCGCCCGUCGACCCACAGGCUGCGGACGAGAUGGAGGCUGAGGCAUGGACGGACCCAGAGGAGUUGGAGCAGGGGGGCAUUGACGCGCCUGAGGGUGGUGAGGCCUCCUGCGGGGAGAGUGAGCAUGCGGCUGCCAGUGAUAUGCGCGAGGACAAUGGAGGUGAGGACGGGGAUGUUGCCGACGAUGAGGACUCCGAUGAUAAGUACAUGGUCGGAGGAGAGGACCCCGAUGGAGCGGCCUCGCAGGGGACGGAGUGCGGCAGCGACGGUGGGGCAGUUCAUGGCACAACGGGCGACGCUGGCCUUGUCACUCAUGCUGCAGGCGCAGCGGGCGUGGACGUCGGCGGCCUGCAAGGAUGUGGUUUGGAUGUGCCACAGGGAUUGAUUCCGUCUGGCAUAUUCAAGGACGACUUCGAUGUUGGUCGCCCGCUUACUUCGGAGACGAGAGGCGGUGGGGUGCGGGCUCGGACACCGGCGAGUGACGUUGUGCACCGCAUAGGGUCGGUUUUUGUUGGAGUGAGUCCGGGGAUGUUGGCAGAGGUUGCCGGAGCGAAAGGCGAUGGCAAGGAGGGCAAGCGUGGCGACGAGCAGCUUGCGUUGGAGCGGGACAUGGCCAGGGCGAGGGAGAUGGGAUGUGCCGUUGAGGCAGUCACUGCCGCGAGAUUAGCAGUGGAGUCUGGACACGCCAUUCGUGCGACGGGGACGGUCAAUGGCCAUGACGGGGAUGACACAUUUGGCGACGGGAUCACACGACGCCGUAAUGAUGACGAGGGGGACGGGGGCGACGUUGCUGUCACGGCUGAUGCGGGGGGGUUGCCUGUGUGCGAUGGCACCGAGGAGGACGGACAGCUGGCGGUAGCAUAUGUCGCAUUGACGGAUGCUGUACCACAUCGCCCUGGGGUGGAGGAUGCUAUACUUGAUACUUGAUACUUGAUCGCACUGAGGAGUACAUGGACCCGGAUGGAGCAGUUAGCACCGCCACUGCCCCCGUUGAUGCACCGGGGUCAC